AGCGCGCACGUGGCUCCAUCACGUCCUCAACCUAGAAGUCUAUAAAGUCAACAAACUUCAGAGCAAGUUUUCAGACAAGAGGAACACCGUGUGGAUGCCUCGCACAUCUAAAGCCAGGGGAACUGACAUCAGAAACACAAUGGAGCUGAAACCUUUACUGAAGAAGCUGGGCUCAGUAAUCCGCGCUGUCCUCACUUUCUUCUUUGCUCUGCUGAUCCUGGGUGUGAUGGUUUGGGCCUAUGUUGAGGGUUUCCAACUAGUGACCUCCAUGUAUGGAAUCAUCUCCUUUGGCUUUUAUGGACUACUCCUCUCUCUGCACGUGUUGGUCCAAAACUUCUUUGCCUUCAUCGAACACCGGCGAAUGAGAGCCCUCACAGACCCGUGCACCUUUGCCAAAACUAUCGGCUUCACUAUAUCGGCUUACCAGGAGGACCCUGCCUAUCUCAGAGAGUGCCUCAUCUCCAUCAGGGCUCUCAAGUAUCCUCCUGAGCUGCUGCGCAUCAUCAUGGUGGUAGACGGGAACUCAGACGAUGACCGAUAUAUGAUGGACAUGUUCAGAGAGGUUUUUCUGGACCAGGAUCCUGGCUGUUAUGUGUGGAGGAACAACUACCAUACAUGGGACCCCACCCAGGCCCAGCAGGAUGUGGAAAUGGCCACAGCAACGGGCCCAGGAGAGGGUGAUGAUUAUGUUAUAGGAGAGGAUCCACAGCGAAAAGAGGUCGAACGCUUGAUCCAGAGCAAGAGGUGUGUGUGCAUCAUGCAGAAAUGGGGCGGCAAGCGGGAGGUGAUGUACACAGCGUUUAAAGCCCUUGGAUCAUCAGUUGACUAUAUACAGGUGUGUGACUCAGACACUAAGCUGGACCCUCUGGCCACAGUGGAGCUGUGUAAGGUGCUGGAGAGUAACCCCAAGUAUGGUGCUGUGGGAGGAGAUGUGAUGAUCCUCAACCUGAAAGACUCAUACAUCAGCUUCAUGAGCAGUUUGAGGUACUGGAUGGCCUUCAACAUCGAGAGGUCCUGCCAGUCCUUCUUCAACUGUGUGUCCUGCAUAAGUGGGCCUCUGGGUCUGUACAGGAAUGAUCUCCUCCAGCAGUUUCUGGAGUCUUGGUACAAUCAGACGUUUUUGGGAACUCACUGCACAUUUGGUGACGACCGACAUCUCACCAAUCGAAUGCUAAGCAUGGGCUACGCCACAAAAUACACAGCCCGCUCCAAAUGCUACACGGAGACACCUGCUCAGUUUCUGCGAUGGCUCAACCAGCAGACUCGCUGGACAAAAUCUUACUUCCGUGAGUGGCUCUACAAUGCAAUGUGGUGGCACAAGCACCACCUCUGGAUGACCUAUGAGUCCAUCAUCUCAGGUAUUUUCCCCUUCUUUGUCACCGCCACCAUUAUCCAGCUGUUUUGGACCGGCACGCUGUGGGACAUCCUCUGGAUCCUGUGCUGCAUCCAGCUGAUUGGACUUGUGAAAGCCUGUUACGCCUGCAUCCUGCGCAGAGACAUGGUGAUGGUGUUCAUGUCCCUGUACUCAGCCCUGUACAUGACCAGCCUGCUGCCUGCUAAGUAUUUUGCCAUUAUCACCAUGAACAAAAGCAGUUGGGGGACAUCAGGGAGGCGUAAGAUGGUAGGGAACUACAUCCCCCUCCUCCCUCUCUCAAUUUGGGCAGCCAUUUUAUUGGGUGGGCUUGGUUACACAGUCUACAAGGAGAGUCAACUGGACUGGUUAACUCCAGCCAAGAUACUAGAAACUAAGUAUCUAAUCUUUGGCUGCGCGGCCUACACAUGCUACUGGUUGCUUAUGAUGUUCCUCUACUGGGUAUGGUUCCGCAGGUUAUGCAGGAAACAGGCCCAAAAAUACACAGUGAGUGUGUAGGUCCGAAGUGUCCAGUGAAGAACUAGGAGGAAGAAGUUGUUUUCUUUGAAUCCAACCAUUUACCUUAUUGUAUUCCUUUGCUUUCAUUUAUUUAUUUUGUCUCACAUUGUAGUAACUGAUGAACAGGGGCGUGUCAUGCAGCUGCUAAACCAAAGGGGAUUAACUGUGUUUAUAACUUGUUGAAAUAGAAAACAUCUGUAUUACCAAAGCAUUUUUAACAAGUGACCAAAAUAUCACUAAUAUAUAAGGACAAAUGUUUGACUCAUAUGGAGAUGUUGUUGCACAUUUAACUUAAACUGUACUGAGGGCUUUUGGGCCCAUGAGACUCUCAGGUUUCUCUUUGUCAGUUGAUGAUGGAAGAGAUGGCCUUAUAUCAGAUAUUUUUUCAUGAUAUCUAGACAGGAUGAAUGCUACUUAAUUCACAUUUUUGUAUUAAGGGCAUGGGUAAGGAGUCUGGGGUUUGUUUAUUUUAAAAAUACUCAGACGGUAUGUCAACGUGUGUGUAUGUAGAUUACAUUAACAACACAAAGAAUAAAAUUUUAUGGAUGCAUGACUGUGCCAGUUUAGUGACAAUCACUGUAUCACUGUUAUUGUUAUUGCACUGGAUCCUAGGCAGCACUUUCUGCAGCAUUCCAGAUUUACUUGUAAUAUAGAAAAUUGCAGUUAUAGUACUGUGCUGUGGGAAAAAUAUAGGAGCAGAAAAAAAGAUACAUUACCUCUGUGAGAAAACUGGACAAUGAUAGUGAUACUUUGGCUGAGGGUCAAAGCAUGGAGUCGCUUAUGAAACAAUGGGGUUGAUGUUGCAGAGAUGAGGAGUUUUCAUUCGUUCAUGUAAUA